AUGUCUUCUUUCAAAGUUUUCCACGUUGCCCCAGAGCACCCUACAAGCCUGGCAGAUAGGACUUCAAUCCCUCUGCCAGGGAUCGACCUGGAUUCCGAGCUUAUAGCCAACUCCAUCACCAUCCCUUGUCCUUUUGAUACCGAUCGCCUCCGCGCCUCCUUGGCAAAAACGCUGCAGAUCUUCCCACUACAUUGUGGAACUCUUGCACGAGAAGUAACUGGCAACACUUGGUCCAUUAAACUGACAAACAGACCCGUGCGCCUCAUUGUGGGUGUGACGGACAACCCGGGGCCGUUUUCCGACCAGUGGAUGGGGGAGACGCAUCCAGACUACUAUGAGGAAAUCGACCGCGAUAGCAUCUUCAGCGAACGUCAUACCCCUUUAUUCCUCGCCAAAGUAACCACGUGGAGAGAAACAGGACAGACGGCCCUCUUCGUCUGUAUUUGGCAUGGCCUGGGAGACGGUUUUGCUGCCCUGCACUUCCUCAAGACUUGGUCAGCAUUGUACCAGGAAAACCCCCCUGUUGGCGAUCCGACGUUUUGCAAUUUCUUCUUGCCGGCACCAGAGAUUCUCUCCAUAUCUUGCUAUACAUCUGAACUGUCAAGGUUAUCAUAUCUUUCUCAUCCUUUUGAGCCAGAGUUCUGUGACCGCAGAAAUAAGCUCAUCAAAGAGCAGACUGUCCGCUUAGACAUUGACGUUCCAGAAUCCUUCGUUGACAAGACAUGGACAUCAGUCAAACGGGAGAACCCCGUGAACAAUGCCCAUGUUCGAGGCCGUUCCGCAACCUACAAUGGUCAAAACUUGUAUUUUCCCCGUUCCACUCAGGGUAAUGCGUUUGUCCUGUGGUCAACCCCGAUUACCACUGCGCCAAAUGAGCAAACGCCCGGAACACUGGCACAAACGCUAUUCAGGGGCCGGAAUAGUCUUGCCGACAGGGACCGUCUCGGCCGAGCACUCAUGCUCACAAACUACCUUUGGAGUAGAGCUUUUGCCGAGAACAAGAGGAUCAUAGACUCUGGGUUUCAAGAUGCCAUCAUCAUCAAUUGGCUUGUUGGGGUGGAAACGAACAAGGCCAACUUUGGAUUUCCCCUUCAAUCUAGUUACAUCGAUUGGGCGUCCACCGAGAAAUUUGUCCAGGUUUGGAAUGCCAAUCCUAUGAAACAGACUGAUGGUACUUGGCGAAGAGAUCCCCGGGGCCUCCAUAUUUUACUUCGGCUUCAACCAAGGCAUGCGGCCAAGUUUCUCGAAAAGCUGCGGCAAGACAUGGAUCGUCUGUCGAUUGAGCAGUCAUAUCCAUCAUCUCCGACUUCACUUAUUCGCCGCCUGCAAGAUGUAGAGUCACACGGUCUUGGGGUGGAAAGUCGUUCCACGGAAAAAGCUAUGCUCUAA